AACAUGAAAAAUUUAAAACUGACAAACUAUGAAGAAUUCAAAACAACCUAUCUAGGAAAUGAUAAAAUAAAAGUGUUCAAGUAUUUUUACUAAUACAAUAAUUGUUUUGGUUAUAUUUCCUAAGAAGAUAUGGAAGAUUGUAGAAAUGCUGAACUUUUAGAAAAGGCGCGUACAUAUGGUGCUUUUAUAAGUAUGAAUUGUUUGAUGUUGACAUUGGAUAAGACAUUAUUAAGAAGAAGUUCAUUCAGGAUGUCGAAGUUCUUAUUUUAAUAUGGAGUUCUGCCAUUGAUGUCAUUUAAAAUAACAAAAAACUAUUUCUGUAGAGAUGUAGAGUAGACAUUUCAUGACAUGGCUGAGAAANCAUAUUCGAGCAAGACAAUAGAUAUAAUUAUAUAAUAAUAUUUAAAAAAUAGACUUAUAAGGUAUAAUAAUAUCUUGAUUUUUAUUAUAAUCAACUUGAUAAUGUUUCCAAAUUUGAAAAGUCAUAAAAUAAUUGAAAUCAGGAACUAUAUCAAUUAAUUAUUCAAAUGA